AUGUUCAUUGAAUACUCUAGAUUACCAGGUUUCGAAAGUAUCAAUGUAUCAUUUUCUAAAGGCAUGCUGAGAUUGGCCAGAUUUACCAAUUUUGCUACUUAUGAACAAAAACUAGAAUACUUCAAACUUUUGGCGGGUCCGAACAAAUACAUCGAACGAAUUAGCGCUGGUGACUUUAAAGGACAUCCAGAUGAGAUAAGUUACAUUUACAUUAUACUAAUAUCUGUUCUCCAAAUAGAAGAGUGUAUGCCAGUACUUGUUCAGUGUCCAACUGUUUAUUGGAUACGAUUCGACUGGCCUGGAAAAUGUUCCGUAAACAAUUUGAAUUUUACGAAUGAAACGUUAAGAAGUGCUUUCGAUGCGGUUUUCACUCCGUAUUCUGCAAUAAUGAAAAAGGUUCUUGGAAGAAUUAAAAACAACAUGUUACUAUUUGCUGAGCCUCAGGCAAAUUUGAAUAAUUUAUUUGUCAAGCAUUUCCACGAUCUCAUAUAUAACAAUGUAAAGGAUGAAAAAAUUGGUGAGGCAAUUUUAUAUUUGAGAACUAAUGUUAAUAUUCCAAAUGUUUUUGUUAACAAUAGUAAGGCAGUUUUUCACGGUGACGGUAUGAAGAUUGGAAAAUUUACUGGCAAAUUUUUAAGUUUUACCUUCAAACGAACAAUAAGAUGGUCAAAAUUAAAUUCGGUGGAUUCAUUUACAGUCACAAGAGUAAAUUACAGAGUAUCUGUCAAUUGGGAAAAGACACCAAGAAAGGUCUUCCUUUCUCUUGACAGUGACACCAAGAACCUACGCUAUAUAUCGAAAACGAAACUGAACAAAAAAGGAAACAGUGCUAUCAUCCCAAAAACCACGAAAAGUUCAUGCACAAAUGAAAACCUUUGCGACAAUGAAGCAUAUUCCGUCGAAUUUCCAUUAACGACGUCAGCAAAGACAGAAUAUCUGCUUAAAAGUGAUUUUUUUCUACAGAAAAUUGAUAAAAAAAACAGCCCUACCCUUCAAGAACUUACGUUGAACGGCACAUACCGAUUACACCAAUCGGAUUUCUCCAAUGAACAAAACGUCACUCAGAGAAAAUAUGAAAUUUUCGGUGGAAUUGUUCCUACUAAUGCAGGCGACAAAUUGCUUACGUUUCCCAGACAAAAGGCAACUAGAGAUACCAGUCCCUCCUCAACCGAAUUGGCACAUACAGCAGUAGCUGCCAGCGAUGGAAGUGCCUUAAAAGGCGCUAAUAACCAAUCGAUAGCUAAAACGCAAUGCGUAAACCCUGGAAUUGGAAAGAUAAUCUCAAGAAAAACAGCAAAUUGGAUCUGCUCAAAUCCAGCCCCUGACCCGUAUGCGGAAACUUCAACGUGGUCCAGAGUUUUGGCCCCUAAUUUAAAAACCAUAUCGGAAUCAACACCUUAUUAUCCUAUCCAUAUAGCUUCACCCAAUUCUACCUUUAACCCAGAGCAAAGUACAAGAAGUAUUUUCAUAAGAAGCAGUUCCGAAUGUGUUCAAAAGCAAAGUAGCUUUUUCAGGAACUACGAACAUCUCAGGAAUAUAUUGUCGAGAAGAACUAGUAGGGUCAGAGCAUGUUGUUCUAGCCUGAAUGUUGGUAUGUGCAGGAACAAAGGAGAAAUUUUAUUGCAAAAACAGCUGACUUUACCGAACAAGACUAGAGAAAAAGUCAAACGAUUUAGGCAUUGUUUCCACAGAGCCGCAGAAGCGCUCAGAGCCGCCAAAAAAAACUGGGAUCAACACAACUCCAGUAUUUAUUAA